AUGUCGUUCUGCAUAAGCUUUCCCUUCGCUCAGAGGACUCGUGAGGGUCGAGAGGCUCAAGUAGCUGGUCGCCCACUCUGGUUCCGUUCUGGACUGAUCCUAGAUGUUGACCAGUGUCAACAAAAUCUUGGCUGUGGAUGGAGUUUCGAUCAAUCUGGUGGAACCAGUUUCUUGAACUACCUCGAGCGUACAACAAACAUCGAAGACGAAUCGGAGGAUAGUAGUAGGCGUCUGUCGAUGACUACUGUGUCUCUUCUGCGUUUAAUCUCUGGGAAGGAGGCUGUUACUGCCCAUAAUACUGUCCCAAAGCCACUAGCGCCCGCACAGACCUCGAUCAUUCAGUAUCGAGUACCAUCAUUGAACAACCACGCAUCUUCUUCCUCUUUGACUGAACAUACCAGGAUCUCGAGUCCUUGUACACAAUCAUCAACAUCCCUCCUGGACCUCUACCUCCUGAAAAGUUCUUCUUGCCUCAACGCAGGCAUAGAUACCCUCCCCUCGACCGCCAUCAUGGACGGUCAAGUACCCGGCGACAAGGGUCGCGGAAUCUCGAGGGGCUCGGCCACCCUCAGCACCGUGGAGAGCCUCCUUGAGGCUUAUGCUGCAUCGCAGCACAGCGAGGCCUCCGGCCCGUUCAUACACGCGGGAGACCUCGACAGGCAAUCAUAUAUAGAUGCCCGCAUGGGUGUCUCGGCGGUGCCUCGCCCCCUCUUCGCCCCCGGCCCUGCCCCCAGUCUCCUUCCCCCUUCCCCCGCCCACCUCCCGGCUCCGCCCCGUGUCGAGCUCGAGGAGAGCGACGAGGCAGUCCCCACGCCGCCAACCCGGAUUCUCGACCGGGAGAGACCCGCCUCCGUCUCUGGCUUCUUGUCGGCCUUGGGCGCUGGUGCCUUCGCUGCCGAAGAGUCUGAUCAUGAAUCCGACUCUGCAUUUGAACAGCAUGAAGACGAGGUUGUCUCUGCUGGUGAAGUGAGCGUUUUUCAGCCUUACGAAACGAGUUUUGGCAGGUACAAGUUGUUUCCUUCCACAGACCCGGCACCCAGACUGCCACAACCCGUCACUCGCCCGGUCGUGCCUGCCAGAUACAGAUCCCGCUAUCGUGAGCACCUGGACGAACCUACCUCACCCACUGUAGCGUACGUAGACAAAGGCAAACAGAGGGCGGAAGAACCUGCCACCGGUGCCGUCGACACUAGCCCGCCCAAAUCAGACGUCAGCUACCCUAGCGAUUGCAUCCUCACACCCUACAAGCACUUCCUCCAGAACGGCCCUCCCCCCGGUCUGGAAGAUCGCACGAGUCCACAAUCUUCUCCAAGCAUCCGCACUCGUUCAAGCACUUCGUCGAUGGCCCCAACCAUUCCCAUCAGUGUUUCCGGGUACGAUGACGAUCAAGACCUGAUGCUCAAGAGACAAGACAAGAUCACACCCCGUGUUAUUGAAGCUGGUCGUACGCACAGUCUCGCUAAUGACAACGAUUGGCUACAAAGAGACAAGCAAGGAAAGUUCAGAUCAUGGAGUCUAUUCAUCGUCUGCACUAUCAUACCAUUCGCCUUACUCCUACUCAUCUUUGGCGUUCUCGACAAGACCAUGGCGAAGCGUUGUGGUGCUCAUUCUCGUCCUACUCUGGUUCAGAAGAAUGUUGCAAAGUAUGUUUGCGUUGUCGAGGUUAUUUUCUGGCCUACCCUAGCGGCUUAG